CGCGGAAGUUCGCUCUGGCCCACGCGCCACUCUCCUGCCUGAGGUGCAGUGGAUGGCCCGCCCGGGAGACUUUACUGCGGCUCCGGGAAGCCGACUCAUCCCCUGCCUGGAGCAGGGUUAUCCAGGUUGCCCAUGUGCUGCCCCAUUUUCCUUCCUCCUCAGGCCAAGACCCUGAGGGUUCAGCUCCGGUUAGGACGGGACCGUGGGCUCGCCUGGAGGCAGAGCGUGCGACCCCCUUAGCCGUGCCAUCAGGACCCGGGUCCGGCUUCCGCUCCGCAGCAGGAGCAGGUCUGAGGGGAGGGCGGAGGACCCGGGUGGCAACGGCUGAAAGCCCCCAUACCUCCCCUUCCGCUGGGGUUGGGGCAGGAAAAGACCCGAGGAGCCCCAUCCGGAAAACUGACUGUAACUGAGGGAGACGCAGUCGGACAGACACGGCCGGCGACGUGGGCGAGAUGCGAAGCAGGAGCAAUUCUGGGGUCCGCCUGGACGGGUACGCGAGGCUGGUGCAGCAGACCAUCCUGUGUUACCAGAACCCUGUCACAGGGCUUUUGUCAGCUAGCCAUGACCAGAAGGAUGCCUGGGUGCGGGACAACAUCUACAGUAUCCUGGCUGUAUGGGGGCUGGGUAUGGCCUACCGGAAGAAUGCCGACCGUGAUGAGGAUAAGGCCAAGGCCUAUGAGUUGGAACAGAACGUGGUAAAGCUAAUGCGAGGCCUUCUCCAAUGCAUGAUGAGACAAGUAGACAAAGUGGAGAAAUUCAAGCACACUCAAAGUACCAAGGACAGUCUGCAUGCCAAGUAUGACACUGCCACCUGCAGCACCGUGGUGGGUGAUGACCAGUGGGGCCACCUUCAGGUGGAUGCCACCUCCCUCUUCCUCCUAUUCCUGGCCCAGAUGACUGCCUCAGGCUUGCGUAUCAUCUUCACCCUUGAUGAGGCAGCCUUCAUACAGAACCUUGUCUUUUACAUCGAAGCUGCAUAUAAAGUCGCUGAUUAUGGAAUGUGGGAACGUGGAGAUAAGACUAAUCAGGGCAUUCCAGAACUGAAUGCAAGCUCUGUGGGAAUGGCCAAGGCAGCACUUGAGGCAAUUGAUGAACUGGAUCUUUUCGGAGCCCAUGGGGGACGCAAGUCAGUGAUCCAUGUGCUGCCUGAUGAGGUCCAACAUUGCCAGUCAAUUUUGUUCUCCAUGUUGCCAAGAGCAUCAACCUCUAAAGAAAUUGAUGCUGGACUUCUUUCCAUUAUUUCAUUCCCGGCAUUUGCAGUGGAAGAUAUGAACCUUGUUAAUGUGACCAAAAAUGAAAUCAUUUCCAAGCUCCAGGGGCGCUAUGGCUGCUGUCGCUUCCUUCGAGAUGGUUACAAAACCCCAAGAGAGGACCCAAAUCGAUUACAUUAUGACCCUGCUGAACUCAAGCUCUUUGAAAACAUUGAAUGCGAGUGGCCUGUAUUCUGGACUUACUUCAUCAUAGAUGGAGUCUUUAAUAGUGAUGCUGUUCAGGUCCAAGAGUACCGAGAAGCCCUGGAGGGAAUAUUAAUCAGAGGUAACGAUGGAAUCCACUUGGUGCCAGAACUGUAUGCCAUCCCACCAGACAAGGUGGAUGAAGAGUACAAGAAUCCGCACACAGUGGACCGAAUUCCUUUGGGGAAGCUGCCCCAUCUUUGGGGACAGUCCUUGUACAUCCUCAGCUCGUUGUUGGCAGAGGGGUUCCUUGCCACUGGUGAAAUUGAUCCAUUAAAUAGAAGAUUUGCCACUUCAGUCAAACCUGAUGUUGUAGUACAAGUCACUGUUUUGGCAGAAAACAACCAUAUCAAGGAGCUGUUGAGAAAACAUGGGAUAAAUGUCCAGAGCAUCGCUGACAUUUACCCAAUUCGAGUUCAUCCAGGCCGGAUUCUCAGUCACAUAUAUGCCAAACUUGGACGGAAUAAGAAUCUGAAAUUGAGUGGGCGGCCCUAUCGGCAUAUUGGUGUUCUUGGAACCUCUAAACUUUAUGUGAUUAGGAACCAGAUCUUUACUUUUACACCCCAGUUCACCGAUCAGCAUCACUUCUACCUGGCCCUGGACAACGAGAUGAUCGUGGAGAUGCUUAGGAUCGAGCUGGCCUACCUGUGUACCUGCUGGCGGAUGACGGGCCGACCCACACUCACCUUCCCCGUCACACACACCAUGCUCACAAAUGACGGCUCAGACAUUCAUUCUGCAGUUCUUUCUACAAUUAGAAAACUAGAGGAUGGAUAUUUCGGAGGAGCUAGAGUAAAACUAGGGAACCUAUCGGAAUUUCUCACCACCUCUUUCUACACGUACCUGACCUUCCUGGAUCCGGACUGUGAUGAAAAGUUGUUUGAUAACAUCAGUGAAGGAAGCGUCAGUCCUGACAGUGAGUCGGAUCUAGGAGGAUAUUUGGAAGACAAUACUUAUCAAGAAAGCCAAGAUGAACUUGACCAGUAUAUCAACCACCUUCUGCAGAGCACAUCCUUGAAGUGCUACCUGCCCCCCCUUUGUAAGAAGUCAGAAGACAGCCAUGUUUUCAGUGCCACCCAUUCCACUCAGGACAUCCUUUCUUUGAUGGCGAAAGCAAAGGGUUUGGAAACUCCAUUUGUUCCCAUGAUUUUGCCAACUAAAAUACUAAGUGCUCACCGUAAAUCACUGAAUCUUGUUGACUCUCCUCAGCCACUCCUACAAAAGGCUCCUCAAAGUGAUUGGCAGUGGCCCGCAGACAACCCUGGAGCCAUGGACUGUAAGAAGUUGGUUGAACAGUUGAAAGACUGUGCAAACCUACAGGACCAAGCAGACAUUCUGUACAUUCUUUAUAUGAUAAAGGGUCCCAAUUGGGAUACCAAGCUCUCUGGACAGCAUGGGGUCACUGUUCACAGUCUUCUCAGUGAACUCUAUGGAAAAGCUGGCCUGAAUCAGGAGUGGAGUUUGAUUCGCUACAUCUCGGGCCUGCUCAGGAAGAAAGUGGAGGUCCUGGCUGAGGCCUGUGCAGACCUGUUGUCCCACCAGAAGCAGCUCACAGUGGGCCUGCCGCCUGAGCCCAGGGAGAAGACCAUCUCUGCGCCCCUACCACCAGAGGAGCUCACAAAACUCAUUUAUGAGGCCAGUGGGCAGGACAUCAGCAUUGCCGUCCUCACGCAGGAGAUUGUGGUUUACCUGGCCAUGUAUGUCCGGGCCCAGCCCAGCCUCUUUGUGGAGAUGCUCAGGCUCCGGAUUGGACUGAUCAUCCAGGUGAUGGCCACAGAGCUGGCACGGAGCCUGAAUUGCUCAGGAGAAGAAGCUUCUGAGAGUUUGAUGAACCUCAGCCCCUUUGAUAUGAAGAGCCUGCUGCACCAUAUUCUGAGUGGGAAGGAGUUUGGUGUGGAAAGAAGUGUGCGCCCUAUCCACUCCUCCACAUCCAGCCCAGCCAUCUCCAUCCACGAGGUGUGUCACACUGGGGUCACCAAAACUGAAAGGAGUGGCAUUACCAGACUGAGGAGUGAGAUGAAACAGAUGACUAGGCGAGCUAGUGCCGAUGACCAGAGACCCAGCACUCCAUCCUCCCCUACGGGGACAUCAUCAUCAGACUCUGGAGGACAUCACAUGGGCUGGGGGGAGCAGCAGGGCCAGUGGCUGCGCAGGAGAAGGCUGGAUGGAGCCAUCAACAGAGUUCCUGUGGGAUUCUACCAGAAAGUGUGGAAGAUCCUUCAGAAGUGCCAUGGUCUCUCCAUUGAUGGUUUUGUCCUCCCAUCCUCAACAACCCAAGAGAUGACCCCACAUGAGAUCAAGUUUGCUGUCCACGUGGAGUCAGUGCUAAACCGUGUGUCCCAGCCUGAGUAUCGGCAGCUACUGGUGGAAGCCAUCAUGGUGCUGACGCUGCUCUCAGAUACAGACAUGGACAGUAUUGGGGGGAUCAUCCAUGUCGAUCAGAUUGUGCAGCUGGCCAACCAGCUGUUCUUGCAGGAUCAGGUCUCACUUGGAGUCACAGACACCCUGGAAAAAGACCAAGCCACAGGAGUCUACCACUUAUUUUAUGACAGUGCUCCAAGUGGAGCUUACGGUACAAUGACUUACCUGACAAAAGCGGUGGCUUCUCAUUUACAGGAACUGCUGCCCAGUUCAGGUUGUCAGAUGCAGUAGGGCCUUCCUCGGAAAUAUGAACACACUCUGACCCGGUCA